GGCGGAGCGAUGAGCGGGUCGAACCCGAAGGCUGCGGCCGCGGGGUCGGCGGCUGGGCCUGGGGGGCUGGUGGCCGGCAAGGAAGAGAAGAAGAAGGCGGGCGGCGGCGUGCUGAACCGACUCAAGGCGCGGCGGCAGGCGCCCCACCACGCGGCAGAGGACGGCAUCGGGGCGGCGGUCACGGAGCAGGAGCUGCUGGCUCUGGACACCAUCCGGCCCGAGCACGUCCUGCGCCUCAGCAGGGUCACCGAGAAUUAUUUAUGUAAACCCGAAGAUAACAUCUACAGUAUUGAUUUCACCCGUUUCAAAAUUCGAGACUUGGAGACAGGGACAGUGCUCUUUGAGAUUGCCAAACCCUGUGUUUCAGACCAAGAGGAGGAGGAGGACGACGAAGGUGGAGACGUGGAUAUCAGUGCAGGACGUUUUGUCCGCUAUCAGUUCACACCCGCCUUUCUCCGCCUCCGGACAGUCGGAGCAACAGUGGAGUUCACAGUGGGAGACAAACCUGUGUCAAACUUCCGGAUGAUCGAGCGGCACUAUUUCCGGGAACGCUUGCUGAAAAACUUUGACUUCGAUUUCGGCUUCUGCAUCCCCAGCAGUAGGAACACUUGUGAACAUAUCUAUGAGUUUCCCCAGCUUUCUGAGGAUGUCAUUCGUCUGAUGAUUGAAAAUCCCUAUGAGACCCGUUCUGACAGCUUCUACUUUGUUGACAACAAGCUGAUAAUGCACAACAAGGCUGACUAUGCCUAUAAUGGAGGCCAGUGACUGCUGCAGGAGUGGACGGGGAGGUGCUUUGCUGUGGCCCAAGGUCCUGGCACAUGGAGGUGGUUGAACCUGUGUUCGUCCACACACAUCUGGAGCCUGGUCCCGGGAAGCCAAGGCGGGCGUGGUAGUUUCCUGUGCUCAAGAGAGGUGCCAAGCAGUGCUGUGUUUUCUUCCCCAGUAUUUUUUCUUCCCUUUUCCCUGCCCCGUAGGUCGCAGAGGUACUAGAGGAUUAGGGUCAGGCUCCUGGAGUCCAGAGAAAAAAGAAAGUCUAUUUUCCUGUUGUCCGAGCUGCUUGCUGGUUGUGCUGAUGAGCCUGGGUCCCUGCAGGCGCAGCUGCGUCGGGGUGAGGGGGCUCUGGCCGGCCGGCUUGCAGCGGCUUCUCCGUAGCUUCCAGGGCACGGUGAGAAGCUGAAAGCCGGGCCUCUUCUAGGCGAUUCCUCCUCUCACUUACAGUGUUGCUGUCGGCGUAGUGUGACCUCAGCUUGUGUGUAGUUCUAAAGCAACUGGAAAGAAAGGGGGGUGGUGGAGGGGUGCCAAGAGUGGGGGCUCCGGGGGCCGCUAGGGUUGCCAGACUGAAAGGUCCGUGUUGUGGCGAGGCCUGCUUCUCUGUCUGACUUCCAGGCUCCUCCACCAGCCCUCCUGGGGACACACCAAGGCUUCAGCCUGGCAGUGCCCUCCUGUUGCCAUUUUGGAGGAAAGAUGAGCUUGCUCUGCUUGUCCUCGCUCCUGACUUUUGAGUAUCUCCUGAAAUAGACUGUCAGUUUUGUGCUCUUGGAACAGUAGGAUCUCUUGAGGCCACAGCAGGCCGUGUAUUUUGUGUUGGUUUGUUUGUUUGUUUGUUUUUUUCCUUAGUCUUCUUUCGGGGAGGUUUUAUAAGACGACCGUGGUGUUCCCAGCAUAUGUGAUGUGUGGUUAGACUUCUGAUAGUAUUAAACAGGCGCCUGGGGCUAAUCUGGCUCAUGUUGAGGCCCGGGAUAGUUACGGACCAGCAGCUACUUAAAGGAGGGAUUUGAUUUUCUCUACACAGGAGAGCCUGCAGGACUGGCUUAUGAUGUGGGUUUGCCUCUGAAACUCUUUGUAGAUUUCUUAUUUAGGAGGAUUUUCCUGUCUGCCUUUCUCCUGAAAUAAUUUCUGGAACCAUCCUGGCAAGUCAGACCUCAGUAAUGCAUAUUCCGGUCCUUCAUACUGCUAGUUGGAAUGUUUUUGGGUGUUUGGAAAAGAUGAAUGAAGUAGGCCGAGGUGGCUCUCAAAAGGUGUUCUCAGAAAACCUUCCCUGCACAUCCUCGUGGGCUGCUUUUGUCCUCAGGCCCUCCCUGGAUAGCCUCAGCUCCUCCUGGUUGUCUGACUGGGGUGGCUGACCCUCUGAUAAGAUUGUUGCUGUGGCCAGGGUUUAGCAUUGAUAGGAAGGUAGCAGGAGGAAGGGCCCGGGCAUGUGGGAAUAGUCACUGUGAAGCAUCAUAGUAGCUGAAGGAGAGCAGUCUCCCAAGAUGUUUGGGACAAAGGCCACACGGGGCCCAGGAUAGAAGGGCCAGCACUUUGCCACAGAAGCCCCCUGUGCAUUCGCUAACCAGUGUUGCUCCCUCUUUGGAUUCUAGAGUGUGAGUGGCCUUGAACCUUGGCCCAGUGCUCUGUGCCAGGCCAGAGUCUGGGCUGUGCCAGAUGCUGGCAGCUUUCCACUGAGAAAACCCUUACUCCUGUGUGCUGGCACUGGAUCCAACCACUGAGGGAGGGAAGAGACCAGGCACCCUGCACAUGGGUUACUCAUCACCAGACCGGGUGAAUCUCAGAACUGGAGUCGACCACAAAUUCAGGUGCCUUAUGUGUGGCUCUGUCCCACGUGCUACUGGGAAAAGCUGCAUUGCCCUCCUUCCCUCCUCAUCUGUGGACAGACGUCAGUACUGCCUCCUUGCCUGGUUUCUCCUUGUGUCUCCUCUAGCAUAUUCGUGUGUGCAUACUGAGCUUCAGAACCACCCCUUCUCUAUUGGACAGUAGCCUAAUUGGGAGAUUUUCUACUAUUUGAUAUUUAAUUACUAUCUAGGAUGUGGUUUCUGGAGCUGUCCAGAGCUCUACUCAAUAGAGUGUCUUGGAAAUGUGUCCCAGGACAGACCACGCAGUGUGGACUAGUGGACUGUCUUUUCUAUGCAGUGUUAGCCUUUGCUAGGGGGAGCGCAGGGGAGCUAGGCAUGCUGGCUUGAGUCGGGCCGUGUCCUCCUCCCCAUUAGCUUGCCUUAGUCUCACUGGACCAUCUCGAGGUCAUAUGCUCCGUCUGUGUCCAGGAGGACAGGAGGACAGAGAGGCACCAUCUGCUCCAGAGGGUCUGUCUGGUGUUCUGUACCUGGGAGUCUGGAUUCUUGUGUCUCAUUACUCAGGAAAUCUGGAGAAGCAUCACCACUCUGGGGGGUUAACCGGAGUGAGUUUGGAAUUCACGCUUUUGUACCUGACCUGGGGAAA